GAACCCUUACCGAUGCUGAACAGAAGGUGUUAAACAGAGGACUAAACUUCGCUAUAUCCUCAAAACCAUCCUUUAUAGACAUAGUGUCCUCAGUAGAAUCAAUCCACCUACCACGUCCUGUGGCCGAUGAAUUUCGACACGAGGUAAGGGUUGCUCUAGACUCACUUAAAAAACAGAAACCUUUGCAGAACAUCAGCAAAGAAGAGGAAACAGCUCUCAGGACCCUCAGAAGUGAAAAGAACAUCAAAAUUCUUCCUGCAGAUAAGGGCAAUGCAACUGUGAUUAUGGACCUGGAAACCUACGAAAACAAGGUUGAGGAAGUUUUGAACAAAGGCGAAUACAGGCUACUAUCUAAGGAUCCGACGACAACCAUAGAAGGUCGAAUUUACAGAGCACUUAAAAAGUACUCCUCAACAUUGUCGGAUGCGGUACGCUUUAGGCUGACACCACAUUAUAGCAAACCUCCACACCUAUACGGACUACCCAAGAUUCAUAAGGAGCAAAUGCCUCUGCGGCCCAUCACGAGCUCUAGAAAUUCGCCGACAUCAGAACUCUCGAAAUUCCUUUUGGAGAUCAUUAGACCGAUCCAGGGAAAUGCAGCGUCUUUCGUGCGAAACUCUGCCCACUUUGUAGACCUUCUUGGAGGGAUCGAAGUCGAGACCAAUGACAGAUUGGUGAGUUUUGAUGUCGAAAGUCUCUACACCAAUGUACCCAUAGGAGAGUCUCUUAACAUCAUCCGAGACAAACUAAGCAAGGAUGCAGCUUUCUCAACUCGGACCACACUGCCUCUGGACGGGGUGAUGGAACUUUUGGAGAUCUGUCUUCGUAAUUCUUACUUUCAGGUCAAGGAUAGAUUCUACGCCCAAGACGAAGGACUUCCGAUGGGUUCAUCUCUUUCCCCAGUAAUAGCAAACAUCUUCAUGGAAUGGUUUGAGGAACAUGCAAUAGAUGCCUCCCGGUGCAAACCGAAGCUCUGGCUUCGAUAUGUGGACGACACCUUCAUCAUCUGGGACAAAGAGGAAAAAGCACUUCAGGAGUUUCUGCUUCACCUCAACAGUUUCAGACCAACAAUCAAAUUCACGAUGGAGACAGAAAAGGACUCAGCUCUACCUUUUCUAGAUGUUCUCGUUAAAAAGGUCGGCGGAAAUCUACGAACUUCAGUUUAUAGAAAACCAACACACACGGGCCAGUAUCUGCACUAUGAGUCCAACCAUCCUGCAACCACCAAAGUAGGCAUCAUAAGAUCCCUCUACAAUAGAGCUCGAACCAUCUGUAGAAACGACGAGGAUCUCAAGACUGAAGUGGAUACCAUCUACAAAGACCUACAACAGAAUGGAUAUCCAAAGAAGCUAAUAAGUAGGACCAUCCAAAGGACGCGUCCAAAUCAAAUCAGAGACGAGGCCACCACGACAACCAGACUUCUACCCAUACCUUACAUUAGGGGUACAUCGGAACAAAUCCGACGCAUUGCCAGCAAGUACAAUAUUAGAACUGCCUUUAGAUCUAGCACCACUAUCAGAAGCGUGGUUUCAAAGACCAAACCAGAUGGCAUGGUGGAUACCAAAAAUUGCGUCUACCGGAUCCCAUGUGAGUGCGGUGACUCAUACAUAGGUGAAACGAAGCGCCCCCUAGAAAUCAGAGCGAAGGAACAUCGCAGCUGGACCCAAAGAGGAGAGGUUUCCAAAUCGGGGAUAGCAGAGCACGCGUGGCAUAAUGGACACAAUAUCCAUUGGUCAGAAGCCAAGAUUCUGCACAAGGAACAGCACUGGCGGAAGAGGAAGUUCGUAGAGGCAGCUUUCAUUUCACAGAAUCAGAGGAUCUUCAGCCAGCCAAGCGUCGAUAUACCCAACAUCUGGAAGCCUCUACUCUCAGGACAGUGUAGGAUCUAGAGAGACGCGUGUCCUUCCCCCCUCCAACUCUUUUUCACGGAUGACUUUCCCUCCCUUCCCCCCCCCUUCCAAAUCGCUGCACACAUCUAGUAUAUAAGCCUAUAGAAUAGUAGUUUGCUUUCAGUUUACACUUGAUAACGGUUGGAGAUACUUACCAACCGAAACGUCGUGUUACAAUAAAUAAAUAAGACAAUGCAAGUCCGACAAGAUGUUUUUUUAUGGUGGGAAUUGUUAACUUAACCUAGCUUUCCUUUGCUGUUAGUUGUAAUGUGAUCUGUGUAGGUCUAGGUCUGAUGAAACACGUGUAGCUUUGAACAAAUUAUAUGGAUUUGAUGAGACCGUGACUUUGUGUUCUUACCUUUGUUUUGUUUUUGUUUGGUCUCUUAGAGAAAAAUGGAUGAUACGUUUCUAAUUGGAUUACAUAUUUAAAAUUAGUCUAAUUUGUACCCUUAUGACUACAUAAAAAAAAGUAAAUUUGGUUCCAAUGCUUAUGAAGCAUUGUUUAGAAGAGUUUUAGAGUGUUAUUAGAGCAUUUCACGUACACUAAAAACUACUAUAUACCUACUUAGGGACCUAGAUGUAAGGAAAACUAUGAUUGUAUUGUUUAUAUGUUUUUAAAAUAUUGAAUAGCGGCAUUGCUCAUUGCUGAUUGCGCAUUAAUGAUUACUGAAAUAGCCUGAUGGCUGUUUGUAGGCAUUAGCAAUACAUAAUCUCUCUUUUAAACGAAAAAUAACUGGUUUUAUUGUUAAUUUUGAAUGGUUUUAAGAGGGUAAAUAUGAGAUGCAUGUAGGCAGCAUACUGAACCGCUACAUUGUCAGAUUAUAUAUGGACAAGUUUUGCUCGAUUCCCGGAUGUAAGAAGAUGUUUAUUUCUU